CAAACUGACUGAGUGAGGGAGGGGUCUCUUUUCAAAAAUUCACACAGAGCAGCCGUGUGUGCCAGGGCCUGUGUCUCAUGUCCUCUCUGUCCUUUGCCACUCCUGUUUCCACAGGACACUUGGACUUCUUCAGAAGGAGCAGGAGAAAAUGACCAAGCUCCGGGAGGCCGUGAUGUUCAAGGAUGUGGCUGUGGUCUUCACCGAGGAGGAGCUGGGGCUGCUGGACCCUUCCCAAAGGAAGCUGUACCAAGACGUGACCCUGGAGAACCUCAGGAACCUGAUCUCUGUGGGACACUGGAAUCAAAAUGAGAUAGACACUGUUCAUGAAGUUGCUUUAAGGUACAUUUUUCAUGAAGACCUUGUGUGCUGGCAAAUAUGGGACCAACUUCUGAGUAAGUUAACCAGAAAUCAAGACUUGAUAAUCAACCUGGGAAGCAAGGUUUUGGAUUUGCUAAAACAAGGUGAUUCCACCUGUCAGUUGUGUGCAGGAGAAUCUACUCAGGUUUCAGAAGGCGAGAAAUAUGUAAGAAAGCCUCAAGGGGAAGUUCAGAGUUUCAACACUAUAAGGAAAGAAGAGUUUCCCAUGAAGACCAACCACAAUUGCCAGAAUAAAGUGUAUUUGAGAUGGUCACAGAAUGAUCCGAGUAGGUGGCAGGAGGGUGACGGCAGAUGUAAAGUGUUAGAGUGUGAGCACUGUGACAGGAGAAGGACCUCUGGUCUUCACAGUGAUGAUCAGAAAAUGAGGAAAAGGGAGACGCCUUAUAGCCACAAUAAUUGUCUGAAAGACUUCUCGAAGAAAUCAUUGCAGCAUAGUGUAAUCCACUCAGAAGAGCACACUUCUACCGAAAAUGUGAAAGGCAUGAGCUUUAGCCCCAGUGUUGAAUUUCAUCAGCAAAUGCACCUGCGAACAGAAACUCAUAUACAUCGUGAGUUUGGGGAGGGUGAGAGUUAUAGCUUGGAGCUUUGCACUUCUCAAAGUGUUCACACAGAAGAGAAAUGCAAAAGGAGUGAUGAGUGUGGUGAGGACAUGAGUCAGAGUUCAUAUCAGAAAAUUGAUCAGCAAGUCCAUAUGGGAGAGAAAAAGUACAAGUGUGGUGAGUGUGGGAAAAGCUUCAGUGGGAGUUCACAUCUUCAAAUUCAUCACCGAAUCCACACGGGAGAGAAACCCUACAAAUGUCCUGUGUGUGGGAAGAGCUUCAGUCGGAAUUCACACCUUCAAGUUCAUAAGCGAAAUCACACUGGAGAGAAACCCUUCAAAUGUCCUGUGUGUGGGAAGAGCUUCAGUCAGAGUUCAUAUCUACAAGUUCAUCAGCGAGUGCACACAGGAGAGAAACCCUACAAAUGUGCUGUAUGUGGGAAGAGCUUCAGACAGAGUUCAAAACUUCAAGUUCAUCAGCAACUUCACACUGGAGAGAAACCCUAUGAAUGUGCUGUGUGUAGUAGGAGAUUUGCUCGGAGUUCAUAUCUUCUAGAGCAUCAGCGAGUGCACACUGGAGAGAAACCCUACAAAUGUCCUGUGUGUGGGAAGAGCUUCAGUAGAAGUUCACACCUUCAAGUUCAUAAGCGAAAUCACACUGGAGAGAAACCCUUCAAAUGUGGUGUGUGUGGGAAGAGCUUCAGUGAGAGUUCAUAUCUCCAAGUUCAUCAGCGAGUGCACACUGGCGAGAAACCCUACAAAUGUGCUGUGUGUGUUAAGAGCUUCUUUAGGCGUUCACAUCUUCAAGAUCAUCAGCGAGUGCACACUGGAGAGAAACCCUUCAAAUGUGCUGUGUGUGGGAAGAGCUUCAGUCAGAGUUCAAAACUUCAAGUACAUCAGCGAGUUCACACUGGAGAGAAACCCUACAAAUGUUCUCUGUGUGGGAAAAGCUUCAGUCAGAGGUCUGGAGUUCAAGUUCACCAGCGAGUCCAUACUGCAGAGAAACCCUACAGAUGUACUGUGUGUGGUAAGAGCUUCACUCACAAAUGCGGGCUUCAAAUUCAUCAGCGAAACCACACUGGAGAAAAACCCUAUAAUUGUGAUUUGUGUGGCAGGAGAUUUAUUCGUAUGUCCUAUCUUCAAGCUCAUCGGCGUGUCCACACUGGAGAGAAACCCUACAAAUGUGCUAUGUGUGCGAAAAGCUUCAGUCAGAGGUCUGGACUUCAACUUCAUCAACAAGUCCAUAUUGCACAGAAACCCUACAAAUGUGUUGCGUGUGAUGAGAGCUUCACUCAGAAUUUCGGGCUUCAAAUUCAUCAGCAAAUCCACACUGGAGAGAAACCCUACACAUGUGCUAUGUGUGGGAAGAGUUUCAGUUGGAGUUCACAACUUCAAGUUCAUCAGCGAGUCCACACUGGAGAGAAACCCUAUGAAUGUGCUGUGUGUGGGAAGUGUUUCAGUUGGCGUUCAGGACUUACAUUUCAUCAGCCGGUUCACACUGGAGAGAAACCCUACAAAUGUGCUGUGUGCGGGAAGAGCUUCAGUCGGAGUUCAGAUCUUAAAGUUCACCAGGCAGUCCAUACUUCAGAGAGGCCUACAAAUGUGCCAUGUCUGGGAAAACCUUCAGUCAUACCUCCAGUCUUCGAGAUCAUCAGCAGUCCAUAAUUGAGAGAAACCCAACAAAUGGGCUGUGUGUGGUAAGAGCUUCAGUUGCAUCUUAGCUCUUGAAGCUCAUCAAGAGUUCCACAUAUUUAAAUACCGUUUAAAUGUGGCAAAUCUGGAGGAAGCUUCUGCCUGAUUUUAAGUCUUCAAGCAGAUUGUAGAGUCCAUACUGUGUAGCACUGGACAUACAUUUUGGUUGUGGUAAGGGCUUUAGUGAGACUUUCAUGUCUGCACCUUUUUCAGAGAGUAUAUGGUAUUGGUAAGCUCAUCACACCUGAUAGAUGUGUGAUAAAAGUUUUCCUCAGAGCUUAGAUUUCUACGUUUCAUGAGAAAAUUUACACAGCCGAGUGUCUAUAAAAUAUUGUGUGUUAAGAAUUCAUCAUGACUUCCAGCCAAGGUGGAGGGGUAGGUGGACACACUUUGCCUCCUCGUAUAACCAAUAUUAAGGACAACGAGAAUUUAGAAACAGAAAAACAACCAGAACAGACAAAAUGGAAUUGUAGGGAAGUCCCAACAAGCAUUUAUCUAGACUGGUAAGAGGGGCGGAGUCAGAGGCGUGCCAAGAGGGGUUGCAGCAGGAAAACCGGUGGGUGGCAGAUGUGGGCACGCAGGCCGCAGGCGGCCGCUAGCAGACCCUGGUGGCAGACCCAAGGCCCAGGCGCAGGGAGGCAACUAGCAGACCCAGUGAGGCGCAGGAGGGAGCUGCCUGCCCUCAGUGAGACAUUCAGGUGCAGAUAAACCAGGUGAAAAGGGCAGGGAGACAAAACACGCAACCCAGGGCCCCAGUUCCAGGAAAUAAAGCCUAAAAGCACUGAUUGAAAACAGUUGUGGAGGUUGAGGUGCCAAGAGAGACUCCCAGACUCACAGGAGAGUUCAUUGGAGAGACCACAGGGUCCCAGAACUUACAGAAGCCCACCCACCAGGCAGCCAGCACCAGAAGGGCCCAAUUUGCUUGUGGGAAGCAGCAGAGGAGACUGAAAUAUGACACACAGUACAGCAAGUGUUAUUGUUCGUCCUUUGAUCCCAACCCCACAUACUGCGUCAACCCAGCAAGUGGUUUGCCCUCCCCUGGUGAACACCUACAGCUCCGCCCCCUCACUAGGUAACAGGCAUGAGCACACCCCACCCC